AUGACAAGACAUUUAUCAUCAUUAUUCCUCAGCGUUUCCCUGAUUAGCGCUCUCUGUUGGAGGCCUUCUCAAGGAUUUGACACGGUAGUACGUCAUUCAUGCCAUCCGCUGCUGCAACACAAUCAUCUGAACACACGAUCGGAGACGACUUUCAAUCGUCCGAAUGAUGUGACUAUCAGGAAUCAUUGUCAUCAACGACUACAACAACAACAACAAUAUACAUGUGGACCACAACUCAGUACUACCAGCAGUACCAGCAGUACCAGUACCAGUCUCUAUGCUGCUCCUGAAUCAUCAUCAUCAUCCGAUGAAAAUCAAUCGGAGGACGUAAAUAACAACAACAGCAACAACAGCAACGACGACGACGACGACAACCUCCCAGCAACCACAGUAUCCUUUCGCAAACGGUUGCGAAGAAAACUGAAACGAAUCAGCAAGACGCUCAUGAUGGCAUCCGCACUUUCCUUUGCUACGGUGACUACGAUCCCCCGACCCGCACACGCCAAGUUUUCACACGAAUUGGGAGACGAACGAAUCUUGAGUUUACGACCUGGAAUCAAUCCAGAGCAAGCGGAAAAGCUGGCCGAAGGUGAAAUCCCGGAGGAGCUGGCUGGGACCAAAGGAAAGACCUUUCUGUCACCCACAUCGUCUUCUUCGUCUGCUUCCAAAGAGGCGAAUAAAGAAGCCCGCAAAAAGAAGGAACUUUCCAAAAAUACCUUUGAUUACGGAGAUGAAGAUGACGAAGAGAAUGGUGAUGCUUAUGAUUUAGAAGAAGAAUACUUCUUGCAAGAACAACAAGCCCAACGCAAACAAAUGGGUUCUCCUGGACGAACGUCGGUCUCCCAAUCGGACGCCAACCGCGCCAAUGCCUUUGCCGCAAAUACCAAAUCGACCUUUUCGGGAGUCGCCAAAAAGUCGACCAAGGAAAAGCAGCUCCAAACCAUGAAAGUGGCGGUGGGGGGCUUUAUCCCCACCUUUGGCGCCAUGUUUGUCCGAGAAUUUGUGCGACGGCGCAAGGAAGAAACCUACGUCCAAAAGGGAUUGGAAAUUCUCAAGGCCCAAAAGGCGGAAUACUUUAACAUUACCGAUACGAAUAGCACGGAGGCAGAUUCGGACAUUGAAGACGAAUUGAAGGAUCUCAAGAAUAAGGAUGACGAGGAUGAUGAUGACGAGGACGAUGAUGACGAGGACGAUGAUGACGACGAGGACGAGGACGACGAAGAUGAACCACCAUCACUAUCACGGCGCAAGCCCAAGCCCAAGGGACCAAGUGGAGGUGGUGACGGUAGUGGUGGUAGCGGUGGUGGCCGUAGUGGUGGAGGUGGUGGCGCAGAUGGAGACGAAGGUCCAACUGCAGAGGAUCUAAAGCGUUUGGGGGACAUCUUUGACAAAUCGUAA